CCAACGGACAACCACCUGGCGGAAGGAUACCGUUCAACUUCGCGGCAGCGUUAAUUGAUUAAAGUUGGCGUUAAUUGCUGUGACGCGCCGCCUCCUGUUAGCUGAACCGUGAGUCUGAAGUGAGCGAGUCUCUGACAAACUACCUGUCGCAGCUCAGAGUUACGACGUGUGUUCCUGGCAAGCUGACAAGACAGAUUGAUCUCUUGGACGUGCAACAAAGAUGGCCUCCGUCGCUCCGUUCCGCCGCAGAGAGUGGGCGUCCCAGUCACUGAGGGUCACCGCCAAGGAGCUGUCCAUCGUCUCUACCCGGGGUAAAAACAACGCCAUCGCAGAGCGCUUCUCCAAGUACCAGAUGGCAGCAGAGGAGGGCAAUGCAGAGAAGAAGAAAACGGUUGAAGAACCUCUACCCUCAAGCCUGCGCAGCGGGAAUCUGAGUGUUUUAAAGAAACGCUGGGAACAACAGCAGCAGCCGUCGAGCCACAGAGCCCAACCUCAAGCCACACCCUGCAGCCCUGCUGACCCUCAGACCCACAUCAGUCAAUCAACAGGCCCCAAACCUAGACCCACGUUACAGACCGAGAAUCAGUCAGACACCUCACAAGACCAGGAUACAGAGCUGGAGACGCAGGCUCACUUCAUGGACAUGGAGGCGAAACCCCGCAGAUAUUCAGAAGGGCACGAGGGAGCAGCAGCAGCUGAAGUGCCUGACUCCGAAAAGCCCAGUGUUCCUCUCAACAGCCUCAAGAUGAUGUUUGAGAAGGGAGAGAAGCUGACGGACAAGGUUUCCAGAGAGCAAACAAGCAGAGGUAAUACUGCCAACAUGGACCAAGGACUAGGAGAUGGAAGUCUUGCAGAGUCCACCCCUCUCCGGGACCGGAUGGCCCUCUACCAAGCCGCCAUCUCCAAACAGGAAGUCUCUCCCACCUCAGUCAGCAGCGAUCAGCUGGACAGUUUCUGUGGGAAGCAGAAGGAGAACGUUCCUCCGUGCACUCUGGACCUGAGUCCAGAGUCUGAACCAAACAGCAGGAAAGGUUUUACCCCAGAGAGCAACGGCUCUGCUACUGGCAGCCCUGCAUCCUCCAAUCAGAGAGACUCUUCUCAGCCCAAGACAUCCAAAAGCUUCCGCCUGCCGGUGAGGGAGACCUGCGUGUCGUGUCUGAAGACGGUGUAUCCUCUGGAGAGGCUGGUGGCCAACCAGCACGUCUACCACAGCUCCUGCUUCCGCUGCUCGCACUGCAACACCAAACUCAGUUUGGCGAACUACGCCUCCCUGCACAACAACGUCUACUGCAAGCCGCACUUCUCCCAGCUCUUCAAGGCCAAGGGCAACUACGACGAGGGCUUCGGCCACCGGCCCCACAAGGAGCUCUGGGAGAGCAAAGGGGAGGGUGGUGAGACCUCGCCUCAGUCCAAGCCGAAGAUCCAGAGCCCAGCCCCGUCCUCAGACGUGGACAGCCCCAGUGUGGAGGACUCCCCUCUGGCUAAAGUCAACGUGCUGACAGCCACGAUGGAGGCUCUGGGACAGGGAUCAUCAGAGAAGGCCAACAGACCCACUGAGACCCGCAGGCUGAAAAUCUCCUGGCCGCCACGAACAGAGUUGGAGGACUCGACCAACCGCAGUGAAGCCACAGACGGGGGCUCUGCCAGUAAGUCCAGCCGACCCAAGUGGCCCCCAGAGGAGGACUCGGCCCCUGAACAGGCCAGAGAGACAUCCUGCCUGCGCCGGAGCUCCUCCCUGAAGGAGCGCAGCCUGCCCUUCACGCUGGCAGGACAAGCCGGCAACGCUCGUGCUCCUGAGGCCAGAAAACAGAGUCCGCCGCCUCCUCCGGUGGAAGACCGACGGAUGAGUCCCGAACCCUCCAGCAUGGAGCUGCAGCACGGCGGCCCGUCGUCAGACAGCCAAACGCCCACUGAAGACAGCUGUGUGGACGUUCACACCAGCUCAGGAGAGGAGGAACAGGAGGGGGAGAUGAAGAGCGAAAACAUGCCGCACCACCAUCUCACCGAAGAGGAAGACGACACUCUGGAUGAACAACGGGGGGAGGAGGAGGAGGAGGAGAAGAUGGAGGAGGAAGAUGGAGGCGUGUUGGAGGAAGAGCUGCUGCCUCUGAAACGGCAGGAGACUCCGACAGACAUCUCAUCUCCUGAAGGCGAGGUGGAGGCCAGCCGGUCGUCUCAGGAUGUGGGCUUCUGGGACAGCGAGGAGGUGGAUGACAAGGAGGAGGUGGAGCAGCGGGAGGUGCUGUCGGUGGAGGAAAUGAUCAAACGAAACCGAUACUACGAGGAGGAAGGGGAGGAAGAGGACGCAUAAACUGAAUGAUCUGCUCUUGGCCAACAAGAUGGCAGCCAUGGACUCUUAGACUUCUUGUCAUUCCUUCUCUUUUUCGAUGUUUUCUUCUUCUCUUCUUAAAAGAGAGUUGCUGCAGUUUCUAGUGUGAACUCUACUGAACUCUUUAUUUUGUGCCUCUUUGAACACUUUUUGAAACCUUUAAAGCCAUUCCUACAGGAUAGUUUUUACGAGACUGUUGGAGAAUGUGUCGCUCUGACAUUGUUUGUUUUUUUUUUUAAAUGUACAAUAUUUAAAAUUACGCCCCAUGUAAUUAAUAUUUUUUAGAACAGAAAUGUCCAAAGGUUGUGACACAUAGAGAAUCAGUUUUAUUUUUGUGUACGUGACUUUUGUAAUUUUCUAUAUUCAUUGAAUGACUCCUAAUCUGGAUUGCAACUGCUGUUAUGAGUACUGAUUUUAAAUUAUACCAAGAUGUGGGAUUAUUACAGAUAAUGUAGCUUUUGUCACUAAUUGGCCUCUUAAAUGGAGUCACGUUUUAAUAGGAAAGCUAAUAGAAGACAAGCUAAAGGCCACACUGUUUUAGAAAAGAGAGCCCAGCCCGUUGAUCUGUUACCAUUUUAAAAUAAAUAAUGGGUUUGGUUAGUUUCUGACAAUUUGUCACUUUUCUUUUCAGUUGCCAUUCUGGUAUGUACAUGUUAAACUUAAAAAAACACACUUAUGUUCUUUUUGUUGUCCAAUUUCAGGAGUUAUAACUGGAUCUGAAAAGUACUAUGUUUUUAAACCAGGGGACCAAAUAUCCUAGACUGCUACUGUUUAAAUAAAUUGUUGUAUACACAA